GGCUCGGGCCGGCCGCGGGGAAUCCGAGCCGGCCGGCUGGCCCUGAGCAUCGCCGAGGGGCCGGGCGAGGGACCCCGGGUGCGGCAGGGGGCGGCGCAGGGCCAUGCUUCUACGCCAGUCCAGACCCCGGGCCCGGGACCCUGCCCUAUCCCUGGGCCUCAGCUGGAGCAGGACAGGGCCCCCACCCCACUCGAGCCUCGGGUCCCAGGCGAGACUGGCAGGACAUCUUGGACAGGGUCACGGUCCCACCCUCUGAGCUUGGGGUGCCAGGGUGGGUGCCCCCUUCUCCUGGGGGACUCCUAUCAUGUCAGCCGCAGGGCUUGGGUGACAGCCUCCUGCUGAGUCCUGACCUUGGGGCUGAAGGCUGCCCCUGGGGGAGCCUUGGUAGCGCCCUGAAUCACCCUCUCAGAGCUGGCAGGCUGCCCACCCCUCUGCGUAACCACUGCCCUUCCUGUUUCCAAACUGAACGGCUCCUGGCAGCUCCUGUUGGUUGUUGGCGUGGGCUCUGGGCAGGAAGGCCAGGCCCACAGGAUGUCUGGUGGCCAGGAAGGUAGCCCUGAGUGCCCCCCGAGGGCAGAAAACCGAGGCCCUGAGGACGGGAGGGGGUGCUGGAAGUCUCCGGAGAGCCAUUUUCCGAGGCCAGGCACUGCUGUUCCCAUACCUGAGACAGGGUGAGCUCACCUCCGGGACUCCGCCCAAUGCCAGGCAUGCUGGGGCCUUGGGGCCUUCAGCACCCACUGGGCCCCAUCAGACUUCGGUGGUGGGUGGUGGGCAAGGCAGAGUGUGCUGGCCCAUAUUCCCCAAUGAGAGGACCAAGACUUAUGAUGGUGAGUGACCUGCCCACAGAGUGGGAGGCAGAGCCUGCACAGGCUUCUAGGUGUCCUGUUCCUGGGUGGGGCUCUUACCACAGCUUGCAUGGCCUCCCUCACUGGCGGCCCCCGUAGGGCACUCAGCACCAAAGGCACAGGAAUCCCCCAGGCCCAGUGGGAUGCGAGUUUGUCCUGGACACCAGGGAGUGAGCUGACUCUCAGGGAGACAACCCAGCAGCCCGAACCCCCCGCGUCUCAGUCCGUAUUGAAAAAUGGGAGACUUGGAGUCAGACUUCAACCUGAGAGUCGUCCUCGUCAGUUUCAAGCAGUGUCUCAACGAGAAGGAGGAGGUGCUGCUGGACCACUACCUCACUGGCUGGAGGGGGCUGGUCAGAUUCCUGAACAGCCUGGGUGCCAUCUUCUCCUUCAUCUCCAAGGACGUGGUGACAAAGGUGCAGAUCUUGGAGCGCCUGCGCAGCAGCCCCCAGCAGGAGCACUACCUCAGCCUGCAGUCCAUGGUGGCCUAUGAGGUGGGCCACCAGCUGGUGGACCUGCAGCGACGCUCCCGUUACCCCGACUCGGGCUGCCGGACACUGCUACGGCUGCACCGGGCUCUGCGCUGGCUGCAGCUCUUCCUGGAGGGCCUGCGCACCAGCCCUGAGGACGCCAGCACCGCCGUGCUCUGCACCGACUCCUACAACGCCUCACUGGCUGCCUACCACCCCUGGGUCAUCCGCCAGGCCGUCACCAUGGCCUUCUGCACGCUGCCCACACGCAAGGUCUUCCUGGAGGCCAUGAACGUGGGGUCCCCCGAGCAGGCUGUGGAGAUGCUGGGCGAAGCCCUGCCCUUCAUCGAGCACGUGUACAGUGUCUCCCAGAAGCUCUACACCGAGCACGCCCUGCUGGACCUGCCCUAGGGGCUGGCGGCCCAGGCCGCACGCUUGCCCUCCUCCAGGGCCUGACCAUCCCGCCAUGGAGCUUUCCAGGCGCCCCAGAAGCGGGAACACUACUGUCCCCCUGCGAGCUGAGCCUGUGGGGAGCAACAGGCCCAGCGUGGCCCCCUUGGGCUGCAGACAGAAAGCAGGUACUGGCCAUCUACUCCAUACCCGUCCUCUCGCUCUGCCCGUGAGCAUCUUAGCUUUAUCCUCAGCCAAAUCCAGCGUGUGUCCAGUCAGGUGUCACCCAGGUGGGUGAAGUGCAGAAGGCAGGUGGGGGGCAGAAUCAGUGUUUGUACGAAAGCUUGAGGGGCUGCCCUGGCCGGCACGUCCAGUCUGUGAAAUACAGGAAGCCACCCGUCUUGGGAGUGCAGACUCCUUGCCAGCCGACCUGUCCAGCUGGUGCGUGUCCUUCGCAGGCCUGGGACACACAGUGUCUGUGCCUGGCUGGGCUGCUUCUGGCCCCUCCAUACCUGACUGACUGUCCCCAGGGCACGGAGGGGACCCUCAGCAGCAGCUGGCACUGCAGCUCACGCCCUGCUCCUCACCCUGUGGGCUGGGGGCCCAUGUGUCCUCAGCAGUGACAGCCGGGAGUUGAAGCCACACACACAGGCCUGCACACGUCAGCUGCCUCCUGGGGCCACACUGCUGCCCGGUUCUCCCCUAGGCAGCUGUGUCUGCACAGCACAGCCCCGAAGCCCCCAGGAGCCCAUGACUGCUGGGCCAGCUGGCCUCUCCCUCCCCGGCAUCCAGCAAGAAGCUGCAUCCCCUCUUCCCUGCCUCUUGCUGUCCCGUCCCCAUGGAGCUCAGGACACCCAGGCCGCAUGGCACCAGGAGGGUCCUGGACCCCGUGCCUGAUAGGCUGGCUGUCAGCCACACCCAGCCCAGCCAUCACCGAGCCCUUGGAAGCCUGGCCUGUUUCUCCGACUCUUCACUAUGAUCAGGGCCUUUUUGGCACCCAAGGGUCAGUGUCCCCAUACAACAGAUGUGCAUAAGCGGAGCCUGUGGGACCCUUGGAAAUUAUAACACGGGUGGUGGGUUUUCCGAGCUGAAUAAAUUGCAAUUACAGAACC